AAAAAGCUCACACUUACUCCAGUGGUCGUUGUGCCUGCGAAGAGUAGUAAAGAUGAGCAGGAAGAAGUAGAAGAUGGAAAGAACACGCAGGUCGAGGUCGUAGAGAGGAAGCAGGACAAGUCUGAAGAGUUAUCGGGAGGUAAGCCUGCUGCUGAUCCUGGUCCCGAUAAGCUAAAAGUUCAUCAAGGGGUAGCCUCUGCUGCUGAUCCUGGUCCCGAUAAGCUAAAAGUUCAUCAAGGGGUAGAUUCUACGAACGCGCACGCUGACGGUGAGAUACAUCAACCAGUUGAUGGUGGGGGUGGAACUACACCAGACGCGACUUCCAUAGCCUCUGCAUCAUCCUCCCGCACCACUGAAGAGGGUGGAGUGGAUGUUCCACCAGACCUAGGACUCGUUGGUCCAGCAAACAAAGCAGGUGAAGAAGAAGUAGAAGCAGAGGGGAAAGAUGCCGUAGAAGAUGAAAAGAGCAGAGAUGAAGGUAGCGAAGGGGAUGACGAUGCACCUCGUGGGUGGCACGCUCUGCUGAUGACGCCCGGCGUCGACGAUGAUGCAGCUGCAGCUAUACCAGGAGCGAGUCUCCUUCAUAAGGAUGGCGAUGGCGGGAAAAAGGUGGAGCAUGAAGCUCCUGCUCUUUCCUCUUCUGCAAGUAACACGCUAGGAAUAUCUACAUCCGCUAAUAGUGCC